AUGAAGUUAUGUCCAUUCAAAAUCACACCAGUGCCUGGAGAGAAACCAAUUAGCGGGGAAAGUUACAAAGGUGAAAGUAAGCAAUUUGUUGCUGAAGAAAUCUCUUCCAUGGUACUCAUCAAAAUGCACGAGAUUUUUGAAGCUUACGUUAGUUCAUAUGUUAAAAACGUGGUUAUCACCGUAACUGCUUACUUCAACGACUCUCAAUGUAUGGUCACUAAAUACGCCAGAGCUAUCGCCGAUUUAAACGUCAUGCAUAUCAUCAACGAACCCAUUGCUGCAGCCAUCGCGUAUAGAUUAGACAAGAAAGCAGUAUAG